GGUAAACAAAAACAAACAAAACGUACCACGACAUUCUUCCAAUUUUGUAACGCCGAAUCCGGGAUUUUGUUAUGCACAGAUGUCGCAGCGAGGGGCCUCGAUAUUCCAGCAGUUGAUUGGAUCGUCCAAUUUGAUCCUCCAGAUGACCCAAGGGAGUACAUUCAUCGCGUUGGUAGGACGGCUAGAGGGGAAGGAAGCACAGGAAGGGCUUUAUUGUUGUUGAGACCGGAAGAAUUGGGAUUUUUGCGAUAUUUAAAGCAAGCGAAAGUUCCGCUUAACGAAUUCGAAACAAAAUGGAAUAAAAUCGCCGAUAUUCAAUUGCAAUUAGAGAAUUUAAUCGGGAGAAAUUACUUUUUGAAUUCCUCAGCGAAAGAGGCGUUUAAAUCGUAUGUUCGUGCGUAUGAUUCGCAUCAUUUAAAAACGAUUUUUGAUAUAACCACGUUGGAUUUGGCGAAGGUGGGGAGUUCUUUCGGGUUUAAAACUCCCCCCGCGAUCGAUUUGCAGGUAACUGCAAAGAAAAAGGAUCGUUUAAAACGCAAAGAUGGACAUGGUUAUGGUUAUUACAAGAAUUAUAAUAACGUUGGGGGGGAAAAGGAAAUGAAUCGGGCCAAGAUUUACCGGAAAUCGAAUUAUGAGCAAGGAAAAAAUAGGCAAUUUUCAAGAUGACUUUUUUUACAAAUGAAAUUUAUUUACUUUUUAAAUAUAUAGACAUUUAUAUCUUAGAAAGUCUGUCUCUAAUACAAAAAAAGCAUCGCUCAAGUUA